GGGCCGGGGGCUUUGCAGCCGCUGGCGGCGGCCUCGGGCGGUCCCGCCGGGGCUGCGCUUGGGCCGGGCCCCGCAGCGGCCGCCGCCGGCGGAGCGGGGGCUUUGUCUGCCCCGGGCGGCCCCAGCGCGGCCGGCGCCGCCGCUUCCCGGGCUCUCCCGCCGCUUCCCGGGCUCUCCCGCCGCUUCCCGGGCUCUCCCGCCGCUUCCCGGGCUCUCCCGCCGCUGCGGCGCACGGAGCUGCGGGCUCGGGCCGGAGCUGCCCCAAGUGCUCCUGUGCUGGCGAUCGCUGCCUCGGCGCCGAGCCGGCCGGCCGCGGGGGCGGCGCUGGGUGGGCCGGCGCUUCCCCGGGGCUGGGGCGGCUCUGGCUGCAGGGAACGCAGGUGCCGCAGGUGAGGGACCUGCUGCCCUGCGGCUUCAUGCCAAUGUUGUGCUCGGCAGGGCCCGGCUGUCCCCGCUGCUCGGCCGGUGCGGCUGCUCAGGGCACAGGCGUCUCCUGCGCAAUCCGGAGCAUCCCGGCUGCAUCUUCCCAUGUCAGGAUUUGCGCCUCCGUGUCUGUGGCGAGAGCCAGCGCCGCACCGGGCUCCAGGCUGCUCGGGCAAGAUGGCGGUGACGUUCGAGGACGUGGCCCUCUACUUCUCCCCCGAGGAGUGGGCAGAGCUGGCGGGCUGGCAGCGGCGGCUCUACCGGGAGGUGAUGCUGGACAACUACGAGCUGGUGGCCUCGCUGGGCUGGGCCGCCGUCAAGCCCGAGAUCAUCUGCAAGCUGGAGCGAGAAGAGGCGCCGUGCGUGCCAGACCCCCCCGGGGUGCGGCGGGGGCAGCAGAGCCCUGGGCCAGCAGCUGCUGACCCUGGGACACAGAUGGAGGCAGAUGCCACCCCCGAGGGGCUGCCGGCACCCACCACCCUGCUCCUGGGGGUGCCCAAGCUGGGCAGGAGGCAGCGGGGAUGUUCAGCCCACAGCCAGCUGGGUGGGAGCCGGGGGGGCCUGUUGGGGCUUCCCCGCCUCCAUCGCGUCCAAGCCCCACGGUCACUGGGCAAAGCCCCUGCCACGUGCCCCGAGUGCAACAAGAGCUUCAAGAGCCGGACGACACUGACCACGCACAUGCGGAGCCACACGGGCGAGCGGCCCUUCGUCUGCACCGACUGCGGCAAGGACUUCGUCCACAAGCACCACCUGGUGAGCCACCGGCUCAUGCACUCGGGUGACAAGCCCUUCGUUUGUGACAACUGCGGCCGGAGCUUCAGGCAGAAGCACAACCUGGUGAGCCACCAGCUCACCCACAGCGGGGAGCGCCCCUUCGCCUGUGCCGACUGCAGCAAGACCUUCGGCAACAGGCGCGUCCUGGUGAGCCACCGGCGCGUGCACACCGGAGAGAAGCCCUUCGCCUGUGGCCACUGCGGCCACCGCUUCAGCCAGAAGAACCACCUGGUCACCCACCAGCGCAUCCACACCGGGGAGCGCCCCUUCGCCUGCGCCCACUGCCCCAAGACCUUCAGGGUCAAGGCUGGCCUCACCAUCCACCAGAGGGUGCACACCGGGGAGAAGCCCUACGUGUGCCGUGAUUGUGGCAACACCUACAGCAUGAACCAUCACCUGAAGAGACACCAGCGCGUGCACCGGGACCAACCGGGGGUUCCCCAAGGUGGCCAGUGGGACAGCGUGGGGCAGGCGCAGACCCAGCCCUUCCUGUGGGGUGGCUGCGAGACCACUAUUUACCCUGGCAGCACCGUCCCCAGUCCUGCAGCGCUGAAGCGAAACGGAGCAGCAAGUCCCGCUCGGUCCGGCCGGGGCAACUGCGCGGUCCCUCCGAACGGCCCGACAGCGGCUGGCGGCAGCAGCUGCCCGGGAUUCACCGACCGGCGUGAAACUGUGCCGGGAUCUCCCCGCCCCGGCCCCGCCCCCGCCGCCAUUGGGCUCCGCGGCGCCGGGAGCGAUCGGGCCGCGAGCGGCGGCUCCGCGGGGCCCGUGGGGGCGGCGGGCGCGGCGGCCGGAGCGAGCUCGGCGGGGCGGGCGCAGGGCCCGGCUGUCCCCGCUGCUCGGCCGGUGCGGCUGCUCAGGGCACAGGCGUCUCCUGCGCAAUCCGGAGCAUCCCGGCUGCAUCUUCCCAUGUCAGGAUUUGCGCCUCCGUGUCUGUGGCGAGAGCCAGCGCCGCACCGGGCUCCAGGCUGCUCGGGCAAGAUGGCGGUGACGUUCGAGGACGUGGCCCUCUACUUCUCCCCCGAGGAGUGGGCAGAGCUGGCGGGCUGGCAGCGGCGGCUCUACCGGGAGGUGAUGCUGGACAACUACGAGCUGGUGGCCUCGCUGGGCUGGGCCGCCGUCAAGCCCGAGAUCAUCUGCAAGCUGGAGCGAGAAGAGGCGCCGUGCGUGCCAGACCCCCCCGGGGUGCGGCGGGGGCACCAGAGCCCUGGCCCAGCAGCUGCUGACCCUGGGACACAGAUGGAGGCAGAUGCCACCCCCAAGGGGCUGCUGGGUAUCAGGGAUAAGAGCAUCCUGAUCACCCACCAGCGCAUCCACACUGGGGAGCGCCCCUUUGCUUGUGCCCACUGCCCCAAGCCCUUCAGGGACAAGAGGAAACUCACUGUCCAGCAGUGUGUCCACACUGGGGAGAAGCCCUUCACCUGCAGUGCGUGCAGCAAGAGCUUCAGCCGUAAGUUCCUCUUAAUCUGCCACCAGCGCACCCACACUGGGGAGAAACCCUUUGCCUGCACUGAGUGUGGCAAGAGCUUCAGCCGGAAGAGCUACCUGAUCAGCCACCAGCGCCUGCACACCGGGGAGAAGCCCUUUGCCUGCAGCCACUGUGGCAAGAGCUUCAGGGAGAAGAGGAACCUGAUCAGCCACCAGCACAUCCACACCGGGGAGAAUCCUUUUGCCUGCACUGAAUGCGGCAAGAGCUUCAGUUACAACAAUGAUCUGCUGAGGCACCAGCGCAUCCACACCGGGGAGAAGCCCUUUGCCUGCAGCCACUGUGGCAGUCGCUUCAGGGAUAAACGGAACUUGAUCAGCCACCAGUUCAUCCACACCGGGGAGAAACCUUUCACCUGCAGUGACUGCGGCAAGAGCUUCAGUUAUAAAAAUGACCUGCUGAGGCACCAGCGCAUCCACACCGGGGAGCGCCCCUUUGCCUGCACCGACUGCGGCAAGAGCUUCAGGGAUAAGAGGAACCUGAAGAAGCACCAGCGCAUCCACAGCCGUGAGAAACCUUCAGCUGCCCCGAGUGACAAUCAGGGGACAGGCUAACAAGGGGCACUGCUGGGGGUGUUGAGCACAGGCCACCUGGUCAGGAGGAGGAAGCUGAGGAGACUUCCUACAGCCAGCUGGAAGUGGCCUCAUGGUCACAUGCCCUGGGUCUAUGGGAGACUCCAGUCACCCUGACAUCUGCUGGGUGGGCAGGACAUCCUGAUGAAGCCCCUGGGACUGCACUGGUGUGUGUUGGGUGUGUUUGUGUGAGAACCCUUUGUGAUUGUAUAUUUACAGACAACACCACUGCAGCGACACAUAAUCUCUGUUAUCUGCAUCUGUAAUUUUACUGAGCCUACGGGAUGUGAUUUCAACUGUUCAGGUGCUGUCAUAACCCACCAGCUCCUACAAUCCACCUACCCAUUGUAUCCAGAUUUGUUCCCAACCUCUGCUGAGAUGAACCCACAGUGCUGAGAAAAGUGUUGCAAACAGUGACCCGAGUCAGUUGCUGAAACGAAUGGGGCACAGUGGACCAAGACCCCUGGUGACCGCGCAUCACGGUGCAGAGAAGAUACAGCGUGUCCUGGAGGCCGUGGAGAAGGAUGGAGAACGUCACUGGUGGGAAACUCCUUCUGGAUGGGCCCCACAGCAACAGGAGUUUGGAAUUGGAGGCUCCAUCCGACGCUGAGCACCGAUGCCUGAGCUCGGGACUCGGGUCACGCCAGCGAUGUGUGAAGAGUGGGCGACUUCUCCAAGACUCAUCUAUCAAGGAGCAGACAAUGGGUGCUGAUGAAACGUUACUAAGCCAUGUGGCUACAUGGUUCCAUAUUAAUUACUAUAAUAAUUGUUAUAACUUUUGUCUGCUUUACUCUUUGGUUCUCUGGUCUCUGUGUCAAUCUCACUUUUCCUUUGUACAAUUCUUCUGUGCAGGAAUUAAUCAGUUGAACCUGCCGUGAAACUAAAUAACUUUGUUGUACCGCAGUUAAACUUGAUGAAAUUCCUUUGAUUUCACUGACCUCUAUCCAAUGAUUGUUUGGUCUCCGCCAAGCACAUUGCUGCUUCUCUCUUUGGAAUGAUGUGCCUUCACUCCUCUCCCCUCCUUCCCCGUUCUUGUGCCUCUCCAGUCUCCUCGCUGAAGAAUCCUGGAUUUGGUGUGAACGUUGCUCAGCAGCACCCAGAACAUUCACAUGUUAUCAGCACUCUGAUGAUACUAAAUCCAAAAUACAGCCCUGUACCAGCUGCUGGGAGGAGAAUUAACUCUGUCCCAGCCAAACCAGCAGUUCUGCUUCCCCAUCCCCCACCCCGCAGAGCCUUCAACCGCUUGUCUUGCUUGAUUGCAGCGCGUUUCACAGCCACGGGCAACCUGUGCAAUAGUGCCCGUGGGCAAGUCCGCCCCUGGGUCACGAGCCCGUCCUGUGUGGCAUCCCUUCCUUGGUGGCCUGAGCACCAUGGGCCCACUGGGCUGAAUCAUGUCAGUUCUGUGCAUCCCCUGCAGUGCUGCUCAGCACCUGUGGGAGAAGGAUGUGGGUUAUCACAUUGCUGUCCUGUGUGAUAUCAGUUUAUGAUACAAUAACGUAUGUUGUGAUGCACCUGGGUUGUUAUUUUCAGGUGGUGUUGUCAUUUCUGUUCCUCAGGUGCCAUCUCUCGGAGCCGAUUAUUAAUCACGCCCGAUCUAUGGGGAAAUGGGGUGUGGGUAUUUCUCCCCGCUCUCUCACCUCCUUCCCCUUCAGGCCAGGUGAAUCACUUCUGAGAACCCGGAGCAGCCUGGCGCUGUUCAAGCUCGCAUGCUCCUGUUGCCGUGACCCCGAAUGUGCUGCAGGUUAUGUGCAGGGUUCCAAUACGAUCUCUUAAGAGCAUCACCCGCGUCCUGGCCCACGGCGUGUGGAGACCAUAAGCUGUAUCUAGAGAACUUGUCACCUCCAGUGGUUUGGAGCUUUGCUCCGGAACAACUGCAGGACCCUGAUGAAGUGAGAGAGUAUUUAAAAGGACAAUGCUGUGGCUGCUCCGAAGAGGCACAACGUGCUGCAUUGUGCUGUGCCUGGCCUGAGUCUGACCAACACCACUCAGUACCCCGUGCCAGUCACCCAGACAGAAAAAUACCCCCAAAUCCCGGUUCUCUUACCGAGGGGUGAUGAUGAAGCGGCGUCAUGAAGCAGAAGCCGGAGGGAAUCACCCGACCCUUCUCCCCAGGGCUGGGAGACACGCAAAAGGUUUCAGCUGCCGCCCGUAUUGCUGCCAGGCUGCUCUGCAGUCUGUACAAAUGGAACCACAAGGGUUAGUAAUAAUAACCUCAUACAAACACGUCUAUUUGCAAUACAUGCAUUUCAAAUGACAAACAUUUUAUUCAGUAUCAAGACAAACGUCUUGGCCCUUAAUUGUGUUACACGAAUAAAUCCUGGUGGUUCCCAUACAAAA